GCCUUGUUUGUGACAUCAGGCUGUCUGUGUGGGUUUGGAGUGACUGGAGGGGACAUGGAGAGGGGCAGGUCCGGGCCAAGCCAGUUUCUCUCCCCACAGGACUGCACUUUCUUCACGAGGAAGGAGAUCAUGAGGCUCUUCUAUCGCUACCAGGACCUGGCCCCCCAGCUGGUACCCCUCGACUAUACCACCUGUCCUGAGGUGAAGGUGCCCUACGAGCUGAUUGGCAGCAUGCCAGAGCUGAAGGAUAACCCUUUCCGACAGAGGAUUGCACAGGUCUUCUCUCAAGAUGGAGAUGGUCACAUGACCUUAGAGAACUUCUUGGAUAUGUUCUCAGUGAUGAGUGAGAUGGCUCCACGGGACCUGAAGGCCUACUACGCCUUUAAGAUUUAUGACUUCAACAAUGACAACUACAUCUGUGCGUGGGACCUGGGGCAGACGGUGACCAGGCUGACCCGUGGGGAGCUGAGCGCUGAGGAGGUGACCCUGGUCUGUGAGAAGGUACUGGAUGAAGCAGACAGCGACCAUGAUGGGCGGCUGUCCCUGGAGGACUUCCAAAACAUGAUCCUGCGGGCGCCAGACUUCCUCAGCACCUUCCACAUCCGCAUCUGACAGUGCCCGGAGGAUGAGGCCUGACCCUCACCCAUCUCGACUCUGAUCUCUCUGAAUAAACAGGAAUCAAACCUG